AUGGUCGCCUUCUCGCGAGUCGCCCUUGCGCUCUCCGCUAUCGCCACCACGACGUUCGCUGCACCCGCGUCGCUGGUCGACGCCGUGCUCGAGACCCGCGGCGACUAUAACUUCGUGCUUGGCGAAGACCACCCGCUUGCCCUGGCCCGUCGCAACGCUUCGCUCGAGAAGAGGCAGAACUAUGUCCAGAACUACCAUACCGGUGGUACCGUCAACUUCCAGCACUCUGGAGAUAAGUUCUCCUUGAACUACAAUGUCAAUGGGCAGGAUUUCGUCGUCGGCAUUGGCUGGAACCCAGGCAGCACCGCCCCAAUCACGCACUCAGGCAGCUUCGGCGUCACUUCCGGCCUAGGCACGCUCUCCGUGUACGGCUGGUCGACCAACCCAUUGGUCGAGUACUACGUGAUCGAAGACUCCAAGGGGUUCACGCAGACGGGUACCAACAAGGGCACCUUCACAACCGAUGGCAGCACCUACACUAUCUGGGAGAACUUGCGUUCCAAUGAGCCUUCGAUUCAGGGGACUUCGACUUUCCAGCAGUAUAUUUCCAUUCGUAACUCGCCGAGGGCUAGCGGGACGGUUACCAUUGCGAACCAUUUCGCUGCUUGGAAGAGCCAUGGGAUGAGUCUUGGCACGCUUAACUUUCAGGUCAUUGCUGUUGAGAGCUGGGGUGGGGCUGGGAGUGCGUCGCAGCUUGUCACUCACUAA